AUGGCAAACUGCAUUUACCAAUACUCCAUACUAGGAGCACUGAUGAAGGGGAUCUGUCAAGACGGAACAACGGUCCAAAACAUCCUCAAACACGGUGACCAUGGAAUCGGCACCGUUCGCGGUCUCAACGGCGAGCUGGUAAUCAUCGACGGGGUAACGUAUCACUUCCCAGCUACCGGACCCCUACACCGUCUCGACGCCACGGAUAUCAUUCCCUACGCGAUGGUCACCAGGUUCCAGCCCACGCUGACCAGCUCCGUUCCACACACAGCCAUGUCGUCUCUGUUCCACUCGCUGUCGCCUCUACUCCCCGACGAGCAGAAUGUCUUUCUCUCGCUUCGACUGCGCGCCUCCUUCUCGCGGGUAGUCUUUCGCGUGAUUCCGGCGCAGUCCAACCCUCGAGAAACCCUGCUGCAUCUGGCGAAGAGGCAGGAGAUGCGCGAAUGCACACACAUACAGGGCACGCUGUUCGGGUUCUGGUCUCCCAAGUAUACCAGUGGGUUUAGCGUCCCGGGCUUCCACCUGCAUUUGUUGUCCGCGGAUCGUACUGUGGGUGGCCAUGUUAUUGAUUUUGAUGCGGAGGAUGGGGAGCUGGGUGCGGCAGUAGUGAGAAACUACCAAGUUGAGUUUCCUGCGUCGAAUGAGUUUCGCGAGGCGCCUUUGAACUGUGUCUUGGAGAAGGAGCUGUACACUGCGGAGGGAGCUUCCACGUCUGAUUAG